CUUGAGGUCUUUUCUUCUUCCACCAUCCCCCCUUUGGUUUGGCUUCCUUGAUUUGGGUACCCAGGGGGUGUUGUGAGAGAAGGAUUCGGGUGUUGCAUGUGUUGGCUUUCGGAAGGUGCUGGUUCUUGGGUUUCUGGCGUCUUGAAUCUGCAUGGUUUUGGGGUUUGGGAGGUGGAUUUCAGGGUCAUAGGUGAUUUUACUGGGCAUUGUUUGGCUCCACAAGACUGAUUCUUUCCGGAAAAACCUCGUCUCGAUUACUUUGGUGAGUCAGUUCUACAACUCCAGAACUGAUACUGAUGUGGACUUGAAGCAUCUUUGCAACUGAAACAUGUCUCUGAUGAAAAGACUUCUAGAAACACAUUGGGAACAAAGGUUCAGGAUAUACUUUGAUUCAUUCGACAUCCAAUUGUGUAAAUGAAUCAUCCUUUUUGGUGGAAAUCAAGUAGCUCGACCAUUCCAAAUUCCUUAAACUCUGAUAACUUGAGUAUGCACAUGGACUUCUUGGCUCAACAUGGUAAUCAGAUGAAGCAUCUAGGCGAUCAAAUGCCUGACCAAAACUCUUCGUCAACUCAGUCAAGUGGUCAAGCCCAUCAAGAAGUAUCAGGAACAAGUGAAUGCAACAACCAUGAGCAGUAUAUUUCAGCACAUUCUGCCACUGAUAAUACACACGAAAAGCAAGUUGAGGGUCAUAUGAAGGCAGUUCUAACUCUAGGGACUCCAGAAGCGUCAAGUGCACCUCCAAGAUUUGAUUAUAACCAGCCUUUUGCUUGUAUAUCGUACCCCUAUGCUGAUGCAUACUACGGAGGAGUGCUCGCUACAUAUGGCCCACAUGCUAUAAUCCAACCCCAAAUGGCCGGAAUGGCAUCCUCUGCUCGAGUUCUGCUGCCUACUGAACCUGCUGCUGAAGAACCCGUUUAUGUGAAUCCAAAACAAUACAAUGCAAUCCUCAGAAGGAGACAGCUUCGUGCACGGUUGGAGGCUCAAAACAAAGUUAUCAAAACUCGAAAGCCAUACCUUCACGAGUCUCGACAUCUUCAUGCAAUGAAGAGAGUGAGGGGAUCAGGUGGCCGCUUUGUUAACACAAAGCAGCUCCAGCAGCAGAAUUCCCAGCCUUGCUCCUCCAAAGCGUGCCGGAAUGUCUCAUGUUCUGAGCCCUGCUCCUGCAGUGGUCUAAUUGGUUCGUCUGCCACAUCUACCAGCUCCGACAUGACGUCUCUUUCGACAAGCAGAAGAAUGUUAGUGCAGCAGGAUCAGUCGUGUUAUUCGCUGCCCGGUUUCCGCUCCAGUGCUGCAGCAACUAGUCAGGGCCGAGGCAGGAAAAUGGGAAACGGCUCCGAGCAACGGACACCAGCCGUGAGAUCCGAAACCAUGUCUGAAAGAUGAUGAAUAAUCAGCCACCAUAUCAGUUUGUUCUGGAUUUGUAUGGUUGAAGAAGCUGAGACUGCCUCCAGCUAAAACUCUUGGAUAUAUGUUCAAGCAAUAUGCAUGGAUUCUCUUCUCCUUAAAA